GGGGCGAAGGGAGCAGAAGUGACACUGGUGGAGAGGAAUGAGAAGAGAAGACGAGGACUGGUACAUCGUGAGCUGUGCCGGAUGGAUCCGCUGCAGUUGUCACCAUUUCAAACAUCCAGUCCUGUCAUCGUAGCCGAGUGUGAAGCAUAUGGGACUCCAGCAGACCAUGAUGGGGUGGGGCGGGGGGCAGAAAGCAGUGGGUGUGGAUUGGGCCGACAAAUGCAGCUGUGGGCUGAGUCACUUGUGAGUAAGGUGGAAAGGGACGGCAGAGCCUCUUUUCUGGUGGAUGGGAGCCUCGUGUUGACGAAAGGGACCCGCAGGCUCUUGCUUAGAGACCCGCGGGAUGGAAGACACCCACAGGUUGCACUGGAAGAGAGCCGUGGGGGUCGUCUUCUGCUGCACCUGCCUCCGCAAGCGGGUAGCCCCAGGCAAGGCGCACUCCUGUCCUGAGCAAAAGAGGAGCCGCAGCACUGCUUUCCGCCAUAAGGAAAACCAGGGGUCAGCCACGUCAGGACUCAAGGUUCAGGAGUGGAUCUACGGAGGCUCACAAUGCCUUGGAGCCCAGAGUCCAGGUAAAGAUAAUGACAUGGACCUGGGCACUCUCCAAAACAACGUUCACAGCACCUUGGACAACGUUUAUGAGGAGGGCCCCGAAUCUGAUAGUCUCAGGACCCUUUCCAACGGCGAGGAGGCCAGUCUUCUGACAGCGGCCGACACUGUCAAGCGUUCUCAGCCCCUGCUCAUCCAAAGCCACAGGAAACCAAAGGAGGAGGAGGAGCCCCGGGCCUUGUCCCUGCCCUCCAUUCCAAACCCCUUCCCAGAGCUUUGCAGCCCCUCCAAUUCGCCCAUCCUUAGCAACUCCUCCCUGGGUUCAGGUUCGCAGCGAGAAGGCGGCUCUCACGUGGUCAAGGUCUACAGUGAAGAUGGUACGUGCCGCUCACUGGAGGUCACCGCGGGUACCACGGCUCGCCACGUCUGUGAGAUGCUGGUGCAGAAGACCCAUGCUUUGCAUGACGACUGCUGGUCCCUAGUCGAGGUCUAUCAGCACCUGGCUCUAGAGCGGUGCCUGGAAGACCAUGAGUCUGUGGUGGAGGUCCAAGCCACAUGGCCUGUCGGGGGUGACAGCAGGUUUGUCUUCCGGAAGAACUACGCCAAGUACGAGCUGUUCAAGAACUCACCGCAUUCGCUGUUCCCUGAAGUCAUGGUCUCCAGCUGCCUGGAUGCGGCCGACAAGGGCAUGUCCCAUUCCGAACUCAUCCAGAAUGUACUAAAUUCAGGAAGCUGCCCUGAAAUCCAAGGGUUCAUGCACAUGAAGGAAGUUGGGCGUAAAGUGUGGAAAAGGUUUUACUUCUCCCUGCGGCGCUCCGGACUGUAUUAUUCAACAAAAGGCACUUCAAAAGACCCUCGGCAUCUGCAAUAUUGCGUUGAUGUGAAUGAAUCCAACAUCUACUAUAUCACCCAGGGCAAAAAGCAGUACAGCCCACCCACUGAGUUUGGUUUCUGCAUCAAGCCCUUCAAAGCACGCAGUGGGACCAAAGGUCUGAAGCUCUUCUGCAGUGAAGAUGAGCAGAGCCGCACGUGUUGGAUGGCUGCCUUCCGUCUCUUCAAGUACGGCAUACAGCUCUACCGGAACUACCAGCAGUGUCAGGCACGGCAAAGUGAAACAGCCUGGAUUGGCACCAUGCCUCUGCGGAGUGUGUCUGACAAUACUCUGGUGGCCAUGGACUUCUCAGGCUGCACGGGGCGAGUGAUUGAAAACCCCAACGAAGUUCUGACAGUGGCUCUGGAGGAGGCGCAGGCAUGGAGGAAGAAGACAAGUCACCGGUACAGCCUGCCGACUCCAUUCCAGAGCUCCCCACUCAGUGCUGCCAUCCACAGAACUCAGCCAUGGUUCCACGGACACAUAUCUAGAGAAGAUACCCAGCGCCUCAUCAUCCAGCAGGGAUUGGUAGAUGGGGUGUUCCUGGUGCGGGAGAGCCAGCGGAACCCGAAAGGUUUUGUCUUGUCCCUCUGUCACCUGCAGAAAGUGAAGCACUAUCUUAUACUUCCGAGCGAGGAAGAGGGGCGCCUCUACUACACCAUGGACGACGGGCAGACCCGCUUUGCUGACCUGAUCCAGCUUGUGGAGUUCCACCAGAUCAACCGGGGCAUCCUACCUUGCAAACUGAAGCACUACUGCACAUGCGUCGCCUUGUGAUCGGUGGCCUUCCCCACACACCGCCCUGUGGCUGGCUGUGGCCCUCCACCAGGGGAGGAGAGCAGUGGGGCAGGCACCUUUGAACACCCUGUACUGGCUCUGAACGUUCAGCCACUCCUUGACCUUGCCUUUGGCUUUGCCUGCACCAGGUGUCCGAGGAUCUGAACCCGCUCAUUCCAACACCUUCCAAGAAGAGUCGCAAUUCUUAGCAAGCUCAAGUGUGGAUUUGGGGGGUGGGAGUCGCAGUGAUGCCGAAGGGGGAAAUUGUCUGGCAGGUGCUUUUUGUGGCCUGUGGCUCUCAAGGGGGAAAUGUGCCCCACAGCCCACUCAGUGUCCACUUGAAGUCUUUCUUUGUCCUCCCAUUUGGGGGAUUUUGCUUCUUCAGGUCUUGAAUCUGUCUGCCCACCACAGAGUCCCCAUUUGCUGGGAAUUGCUCAGUGUCCCUGGUUUUGCAACUGUGAGAAUUUGCUCCAAGGAAAGGGAUGUAUGAAGUGGUGAAGUGCUCUGGUGCCCUUCCCGAAUGCGGAUUCUUGCAGGUCAUGACAUUCUUUGUCCCAUGUUGGUGGUGAUGAAGUAUAUUGGCUGAGGACAUCCCUGUUUUAAAGGCCAAAUUAAAAUAGCUUCAUCUUAAUAUGAUCCAUGUCUCCCAUGAAUAUCUGUUCUGUGUCCAGUCUAGCAAAUGGAAGACCAAGGCAGGAGAAUAGAUGGGCGGGGAGAGAAGGUGGCGAAGUCUGUUUUGUGGUUUCUGCCUUCAUUUGACUCUUGCCUCUGGCAAACAGACUGCUCAGGUUCAGGUGUGACCAGUUGGGUGUAAAUCAUAGGAAGCAAUUCUUCUCUCCAACAGGGUUCAGCUCUCUCGGUGCCCUCUUUGUUAGCUGCUAAAUCUUUUCUCUCUGUGUCCAAGUCUGGCCCUGGCAUUGGCACUGGGCUGUGGGUGACUAGCGAGGUCGUGGGUGUGAGAAACCUGGACCAGAGGCAGAGCAGACAGAGCCGGGGAUGAUGGCAUCAGCUGUUGACCUGGCCCAGAAGUUUCCUUGGUCCUUCUAGGUCUGGGAAGAAAGGAGGGGUUACUCUGGAGCCUAGGAGAGCAUCAUAGUUUUUCAAUCUAUAGUCCUGGGAGGCUCAUGCCAAGAGGAGGCUGAGCUCUGAUGCCAAGGAUUUCCAAUGCAGACAUACUGGAGCGAUCCCUUUAGCUCCAUUUCAUCUGCAUGUCACUCUCUCAAGAUUUUCCCAGGGCCACUGCCAGUGAUGGAGGGAGAACUGUGCCCGGGGCAUGAACUGCCUGCGUGCCCCCUCUCGCCUUCGCCCCGACCCACCCCUGAAACACCCACCCCCAACAUGUGACUGCAAUGGCAGCGCCUGGGGUGAGCCACCCCAGAUGUUCCCAUUGCAGCUACACCUCUAGCCACUGCACUGGGGACUUGGCAAAUGGGGCUCAAAUCACUGCGCCGUGAUGUCCCCCCAUCUCUCCCUCUGAGUUGCUGAGAUAGAUUGUGGGCCUGCUGGUACUCUUAGCCUCGAGCACCACAGAUUCGGUCUGUGACCUGAGGUCAGAAGAACUGUUUUUUUCUCCUGCAUGAAGAGGUUUAAAAAUUACCCUGAAAGAGGGAGGAGUGGAAGCGGAAGAGCGAUCUUUGGCCAGUCUUAACUGUGAUGAGUUGUGUGUGUAUAUAUAUAUAGAGAGAGGUGAUGAUGACAAAAUGUUAUUUUUUCAUAUUUUUGAUUGGUUUUUGUACACAAAUCAAUUGUGAGAGGAAGACGCUACAGCAGAUUACCAGCAAUUGUUGAAACGAAUAGCCAGUGUCACUGUGUAAAGAAUCAAAAGAUUAUUUUAUCUUUCUAUUUAUCUAAGACACAAAACUUCUUACUGGUAAAUAAAAGUUUAUGUUUCAUA